CAUUUUGUUUAGCAAUUUCUUUAAAGUUGGCAAGGAAUUGUUUCACGUGAAGGUUGCUUUUUGUUUUUGUUUUCUUUUCAGAAAUGAGUGCGAAAAAAAGGUUAAGAAGUAUGCAGCUCUCUGAACUAAGUCUCCGAGCGGAAAAUAAAAACCAGCGAUCUAAUUCUACAACAGUAUUUAAACUCGAACAUUCAGUAAAUACAAGCAAUGAUAGCAGCGAGCCAACAAAUCAAAAUACAAAUGAAGCAACAGCGGAAUCUUAUUUUACAUAUAAAAGUUAUGAAGAUUAUCCCGAUACAUCUCAUGAAAGUUGGGGCAAAAAGUUUUGUAGAGGUUUUCGAGGUCUUUGGAAAACUAGACAAACUGAAGACGAUUGCAGCCAAGAAAUGAUUGUGAAGACCUCACUGAGAGAACUGACAAUUUACUUAUUUUUUGUUUUAAUUGUGUCUAUAAUUACAUUUGGCAUGAGCAGUUCGACUAUGUACUUCUUCAACCAGUCAUUAAUAGGUCUUUUUACUGGCCCCAAUCCGCCGUCAAUAAUGACAAUUAGUACUAUUGCAACGUCAAAUGAUUUUUUCGAGUAUUUGGACAAAGUAUUGCUUAAUGGGCUUUACACUGAGCAGUAUUAUAAUGGGGAUAAUAUACCUGAAAUUGAAAGAGGUUAUGUUUUAUUUGAAAACAAAUUGUUGGGUUUACCAAGGCUUCGUCAAGUUCGAGUAAAGAAUGAUUCGUGUUUGGUCCACCCAUUCUUCAAGAAUAGCGUUUAUGAAUGUUAUGCCCCAUAUUCUUCUGGAAAUGAAUUUAAAGAAAAUAUUGAAAGUUUCAAUCAAAAUGGAAUAUAUCAUUCAGAAGCAGAAAUUAGUGGCAGAUCUUUUUCAGGGCAAGUAUCAACAUAUGGUGGCGGUGGCUAUAUUGCAUUACUAAACACCACAAAUGAUGAUUCAAAUUCUACUAUACAAAAUCUUAUGAAAAUGCGAUGGAUUAAUCGAGGCACAAGAGCUGUUUUUAUUGAUUUUACCGUUUAUAAUGCUAAUAUCAACUUAUUUUGUGUUAUCACAUUGUUGUUUGAGUUUCCAGCAACUGGAGGUUGCAUGGCAUCAGCCACCUAUAGAUCAUUAAAAUUAUUGCGCUAUGUUACUGAUUCGGAUUACUUUGUGAUGGGUUGUGAAUAUAUAUUUGUUGUAUUUAUUCUGUAUUACUUAAUUGAAGAGCUGCUUGAGAUUCAAAAGAACAAGUUAUCUUAUUUUUAUGACGUGUGGAGUAUUUUUGAUCUUCUUGUUCUUUGCAUUGGAAUUUUUUGUGUCGCUUUUAACAUCUACAGAACAAUAUCAGUUGGAAAAUUAUUGCAGGACUUAUUGGAAAAUCAAGACCAAUAUGCAAAUUUUGGUUUUUUAAGUGAAUGGCAAACUCGAUUCAAUGAUUUUGCUGCUGUUGGUGUUUUUAUUUCAUGGAUAAAGAUCUUCAAGUUCAUAAAAUUCAACAAAACAAUGUCACAGCUACAAUCAACUUUAGCUCGUGGUGCAAAAGACAUUGCUGCAUUUGCAGUUAUAUUUAUGCUUGUUUUCUUAGCAUAUGCUCAAUUAGGUUAUUUACUUUUUGGCUGUCUUGUACAAGAUUAUUCAACGAUUCUGAGCUGCAUUUACUCAUUGUUUCGCAUCAUUCUUGGAGAUUUUACCUUUUCUGACCUCCAAAAUGCGCAACCAACAUUGGGUCCCAUAUUUUUUAUCACAUUUGUGUUUUUUGUGUUCUUUAUUCUUUUCAACAUGUUUGUGGCUAUAGUCAAUGAAACUUAUGCAGAAGUAAAAAUAGAAAUUGCAUUGCAGAAAGAUGAAUUUCAGCUGGGUGAUUACUUCAAGAGAGGGUACAAUAAUAUGAUGACUAAGCUGAAGUUAAAGAAAGAAAAUAUUGUUAACAUACAGGAAGCCCUUCAAUUUUCCGAUAAAAAUAAAGACAAAACUGUGGACUUUGAAGAAUGGAGAUUAGAACUUAAAAAACGGGGUCAUUCUGAUGUUGAAAUUGCAGCUGUUUUUUCAAAAUAUGAUAAUGAUGGAGACCGCAUUCUUAAUGAAGAAGAGAUUAGUAAAAUGAAUAAAGAUUUAGAGACGCAAAAGAAUCAGCUAAAUGAUGAAAUUGAAGAUGUAACACAACAACAAGCAACAUGGGAAACUGAUAUUGAAAGUUUUAAUGACAACGAAAGUGAUGAUGAAAGUGAAACAGCUUUAGAAAUGGAUAGGGCAAAAGGAGUACAAAAUGGUCUUAUCAGAUACAAAGAGUAUACUAUUUUGGCGCGACGCGUUGAUCGACUUGAACAUAAUAUUGGAAGCAUUGUUUCCAAACUUGAUUCUUUGUUCGUAAAGCUGGAAACCAUGGAUCAAGCUAAGAAGCAACGUAGAGAAACAAUGAAACAACUCUUAGAUAUUAUUGAGAAGCAAAAUCUUCCUGGUUUAACUGAAACUUUAAAAAUUUAAUUUCUUCAAAAGUCUCAUAUUUGAAAAUUACUUCAUUUUUUUGUUUAAAUUUUUUUUUUUUUCACAUAAAGUUUGCUUUGUAUAUUCUAGAUACUGUUUGUAACUGUCACUUGUAAAUAUUACGUGACAAUGGUAUGCCCUGAAGUAGUUUUUAUGAACGUCCUUUAGUUAGAGAAGGAAGAAUUUAAUUUCACGAAAAAUUAAACUUAUCAUUGAAUUUUAGAUUAAGUUUAUUGUUUUUAAAUUCUUUUUCAUUUAUUAGUUGUUUUUAAAUACAUUUGUAGAAAUUAAAAAGAAAUUUAAUAGUUGUGUACUAUUUUUUUUUUUUAUGUGCACGCCACUGCUGCCUUUCGUUUUGGCAAUUCAUAUAUAUUUUUAGGUAUUGCUGAAUAUGUUUAUAGUAUUGCAUCUUAGUUUUCUUUUAUGUGUAUAUUAUAAAAUCCUGAUGUAAAUGUUUUAUCUGUAGUUUA